AUGUACCAGCCACAGUCCCAGACCCCAGUCCCAGACCCCGUACCCAGCCACAUACCCAGACACCAGUACCCAGACCCCAGUACCCAGACCACAGUACCCAGACCAACCAGUCCCAGACCCCAGUACCACACCCACAUACCACACAUACCCACAGUACCCAGACCCAGUACCCAACCCAGUACCCAGACCCUGUACCACACCAUAGUCCAGACCACAGUACCAGACACCAGUAGCCCCCAGCCCCACAGUACCCAGACCACACCAGUACCCAGACACCAGUACCCAGACCACAGUACCCAGACACCAGUACCCAGACACCAGUACCCAGACCACAGUACCCAGACCACAAUACCCAGACCCCAGUACCCAGACCCCAGUACCCAGACCACAGUACCCACACACCAGUACCCACACACCAGUACCCACACACCAGUACCCACACCACCAGUACCCACCAACACCCAGACCCAGUACCCAACCCGUCCCACACAGUUACCCAACACCAGUUCCCCACGACCACCAGUACCCACACCAACAGUACCCAACCACAGUACCCAGACCACCUGUACACAACCACAGUACCCACACCGUACAGCCCAGACACCAGUUCCCAGACCCCUGUACCCAGCCACAGUAGCCGACCACCAGUACCCAGACCCCAUACCCAGAACACAGUACCCACACACAGUAACAACCAACACCCAGUUCCCCACCACAGUACCCAGACCACAGUAA